AGGACAGAAGCCAUUGGCAGAAGUGAAGCAGUCUGAUGGUCAGCUAGGAACCGUCGCUACCAAUGCAUAUGAAUUCUCGUUCAGCUGUUCGUUCUCCAAGAACUCUAUUGCCACCCGGGAUGGCCAGCUGCAAGGGCACAUCUUACUGGAGGCGACCGACGUAUUUCCGAUCACUUUUCCUUUUCGGCUCUCUUUCAAGAAUAUCUCUUGCCCUCAAACUAUAUACCUUGAAUCUCAACUUACACGGAGUACUUCUCCGCCCCCGAUCGUUUCCUUAGGGUUGUUUCCAGUAGGGCUGCACACAAUUCCCGAGGAGUUGCGUCCUCUGGAGCAUGCAUGGACUUACACGGUCUGCGCGCGUAUUGAGCCUACUCCGACGUUUGCCAUUCAGGCAGCUUUCACGACUUCAAACACGUUCAUUUGCACAUAAUGCAAUUCUUCGACUUCAUUCGGAGCAUGGACCUUCUGUCAAGGUAGUACCCAAUACCCUCUGUACAAAUGCUCGAGAACAUGCCGGUGAAUAUAUUGACACGUCGUGUAUGUGCAAAGCGUGCUCACUCCCCUCUAGCUUCAUUUCCCAAGAGAACCCAUCAUUGUGGCGCACUAACGCUACAGGAUGCUGGUUCAAAGGUGGUUCUUGCUGGAUGGCUUCUGGCAGAGCGGAAGGCAGCGAAAACAAUGUCAUUCUUCCCACUCCGGGAUUCAUACGGCUCAACACAGCUUGUAGUGAACAUGAACCACAGCAACGGCAUCUUGGCAAGCAUGAGUCAGGUCCCUACUGAGUCUACCGUGCUUGUGGAAGGAAUUGUUCAUGCAAGGCCUGAGCAUCAACGGCGGCCUAUCCCCUCCGGAGAUAUCGAGGUCGAAGUGACAAAGUUCAGACUCCUGAAUGCGGCCGAUUCGCCGCUUCCUUUCAUGUCUUCUCACGCAGGGAAAUUGCCAAGCGAAGAGCAGAGGUUACGGUACCGCUACCUCGAUCUUCGAAGACCCGAACUUUCCAGUAACCUGAGGAAGAGGAGCGAAGUUGCUCACAUCGUUAGGCAUGUAUUGCACGAGGAAGGCUUCACCGAGGUCGAGACUCCUCUGCUUUUCAAGUCCACUCCUGAGGGUGCGCGUGAAUUCCUAGUGCCAACUCGACUAGCAUCCACUUCAUCCAGAUUGCCGGAUACCGAGACAACAGACUUGGAGUCACACCCGGAACCACUCUUCUACGCUCUACCACAGUCUCCACAACAGGCCAAACAACUGCUCAUUGCUUCAGGUGCCGUUGACAAGUACUACCAACUGGCUCGUUGUUUCCGCGACGAAGAUGGUCGAAAGGAUCGACAACCCGAAUUCACACAAAUCGAUUUGGAGAUGGCUUUCGUUUCUUGGGGUGAAGACAUACCCAGCCUUACCACCGGCACUGCGGACAAUUGGCGUAUUGGUGGUGGAGAAGUCCGUGAUAUCAUUGAAAGAUUAGUUCGCGCAGUUUGGUCAAAAGUUGAAGGUUUUGAACUUCCGGAGAGAUUCAAGGUCAUGACCUAUGCUGAAGCUAUGUCCCGCUUCGGAAGUGACAAGCCUGAUACACGGUUUGGUUUAGAGAUCAAGAACGUCACGAGUCACCUCCCAGAACCACUUAGGUCUUCGCUUAUUGAACACGGUGAGAUCUUGGAGGCUCUUAUUGUUGACAAAGCGGAGCAUCAUAUUUUCGGUCGUGCUGCUAAGAAGAUUAAAGGCAUGGAAGUCGAAAAGCGCCUUGAUCGCAUCGAUAUCAAGGAUGCCAACCUCGAGUCCUGGCUAGAAGCUAGCAAGGCUAUCCAUACUCUUAGCGAAGUGACGCCUUUAUCGACAACGGAGCUCAACGCAGCGUUAGGUGUUAUUUCUGGUAGCACCGUAUGGUUAGCUAAACGGCCUCGCAUUGCUGAGGGUGGUUCUACUCCGCUCGGUCAGCUUCGCCUAGCGCUAUCUGAAGAAGCUCAAUGCUCAGGACAAUUAACGCUCUCACCCAAACCUCACUUCCUAUGGAUCACCGAGUUUCCAUUAUUCACGCGAGCAGAUGAGGACAAGGAGUUCCUUGCACACGGCCGAUGGAGUAGUUCCCACCAUCCGUUCACCGCGCCCAUGCGGCAGGACAUUGAAAAACUGUAUGAAGGCCGUAUCAGUGAGGUACGCGGACAACAUUAUGACCUCGUGUUGAAUGGUGUGGAGAUUGGCGGUGGGUCUGUACGUGUACAUGAUGCUUCAAUGCAGGAAUACAUCUUCUCGAACGUACUUCAGCUAAGUGAGUCCGAGACGGCUUCUUUCAGUCAUUUAAUCCAUGCGUUGCGAUGUGGUGCCCCUCCUCAUGGUGGAAUAGCCCUCGGUUUCGACCGCCUCAUGGCGAUCCUAUGCAAAACCGAAACCAUUCGCGACGUAAUCGCGUUCCCCAAGACUGGGACAGGGAAAGACCUGUUAUUCCAGAGCCCCGCACCUGCAGAUCCCGCAGUCUUAGAACAGUAUAAUGUUCGACCUCGUAAUGGAAGGUAGAAGGUGUCGUGAUAUUCUACGUAACCCGCAAUAAAUACCGACAGGAAUGUGGAAAGUUGAUUAUCGUACAUUGUACAAACAUUAGCGAAAGCAAGAAAAAGAAAAUAGAUAGUGAAAGAAUACAACAAAGUAAGCAAGCAAGAAAAGACGGUAUCUGGUCGGGUAUCUACGCAUGUCCAUUAGUUAGUGUCGUUGAGGUCAUGAAAGAACAACAGUAUCAUCAG